AUGGAAGAAGCCGAAGGCCAAAGUUUGGAAGAAGACUUUGAAGGACAAGCCACACAUACAGGACCCAAAGGUGUAAUAAAUGAUUGGAGAAAGUUUAAAUUAGAGAGUGAAGAUGGGGAUUCAAUCCCACCCAACAAGAAGGAAAUUCUCAGGCAAAUGUCUUCUCCUCAGUGUAGAGAUGAUAAAGACUCAAAAGAAAGAUUCAGCAGAAAGAUGAGUAUUCAAGAAUAUGAGCUAAUCCAUCAAGACAAAGAGGAUGAAAAUUGCCUUCGUAAAUAUCGUAGACAGUGCAUGCAGGAUAUGCAUCAGAAGUUGAGUUUUGGGCCUAGAUAUGGGUUUGUAUAUGAGCUAGAAACUGGGGAGCAAUUCCUGGAAACCAUUGAAAAGGAGCAGAAAAUCACCACAAUCAUGGUUCACAUUUACGAAGAUGGCAUCAAGGGCUGUGAUGCCCUAAACAGCAGCCUAGCGUGUCUUGCAGCUGAAUAUCCUAUGGUCAAGUUUUGUAAAAUAAAAGCUUCUAACACUGGUGCUGGGGAUCGCUUUUCCUCUGAUGUACUCCCCACAUUGCUGGUCUACAAAGGUGGGGAACUCAUAAGCAAUUUUAUUGGUGUUGCUGAACAAUUUGCUGAAGAAUUUUUUGCUGUGGAUGUGGAAUCUUUUCUAAAUGAAUAUGGGUUACUACCUGAAAGAGAGAUAUAUGCUCUAGAGCAGACCAACAUGGAAGAAGAUACUAAAUAA